GAAAUAAUACCUGGCAGGGCCCUGUCACUCACCACCACCUGGCAUAACUCGGAAACAUUUACCAUCAUCAAUGUCUAUGCCCCGAAUGAUUAUUCGCAGCACCCCACCUUUUGGGAAAACAUUACAUUGGGCAUUAGGACCCUCUCAAUACCCCUCCCUGACUUCAUGGUUGGAGACUUCAAUGUGGUGGAAGAACUGGUUGACCGGUCCCCGCCACGGCCUGACCCCCUUGCUGCAACUAAUGCCCUCCGUGAACUGAGGCUAAACCUUGGUCUAACUGAUGGCUGGCGUCAUGAUAACCCAGACGAACGGGCAUACACUUACACCAGCAACCGGCACCAUAUGCCAAGAAUUGACAGAAUCUACACGAAACCCACUCACCUCCCAUACCUCCAUGGAUGGCACAAAACACCAACAAGCAUACCCACUGACCACUGCCUAAUCGAGGUCCAAUUCUCCCCUCCAUCUGCCACCUUUGUGGGUGUGGGCCAAUGGACAUGGCCCCUGGGUCUGCUAAAUGAUCCAGCUCUACUGCAACAAAUCCAUCAGCGCAGAUGUGAAUUACUAGAAACACUCACUCUGCUGUCAAAAAACCGGUCCACUGACCACAAUCCCCAGACCGCCUGGAAAACCUUUAAAUCUGACAUUGCCAGCCUCGGCAAGAAACAUGCCAAAGUUGUCCUCGCAAAAAUCAGCAGGAAGAUAACUGACCUUGAGGCAGACAUCAAGGACAGCCUGAACCAUCCCACACUGGGAAGUGGUGAGGCAUCACAAACGAACGCGGCCUUCCUGCAA